AUGUUCUGGGACAAGCCAAUAGCAUGGGUCGACAGUUAUAACAUGCGCCUAACAUGUCAAAAACGCCAGGAAAUACUUCAGCGUCUCUCACCGGGGCAACUCAUCCACUUGGAUCCUCGACUGAACAGCUGGUGUAGUACAAUGACUUUGUCUCCAAGUAUCAUGCGUGAAUUGUCUUUAAUGGAUCCCAACCAAUCGGCCAAUAGGGACUGGUCCACAGUCUUAUCCUCAAUUCUGCUCAAGUUAAGUGGGGCCGUGGCUACAUCACUUGAAUGGCUGAAUCCCUUUGGCACUUUCUAUGACAGUAUCAGUUCAGAAACAAUGCACGCAGCGAAUCAGUCUUGGUCUGGUCCGGGACAACCGCCAAGAGUUCCAGAUCUUCUCCUUACGGUCUAUGAGUCGCAUCUGGUGGCUGUCGGACCAAGCCGAGCUGAAGAAAUGCACAACUGGGUCUACUGCAAAUCGCCCGAGAUGCAAUUUCAAUUUACUCGGCCCGUUUGGUGGUUUUUCUCACUUGAGAGAUGUCCAGCAGAAUCCGAAGAAUCUUUUUACGCUCAGGAUUCGAGGCUGAAGCAGUCUGGAUUGCAAGCACGUUACCGACUCACCUCACGGAACGGCCUGGAGGGGGAUUUAUUCCACGGACAUUUUUCAGCUCAGAAAUUCGGUUCACUGGAAAUGGAUAUCGUUUUUGGCAUUUUUUUGGCAAUACUUGCUGGACUGGCAGUCCAUGUCAGCUAUCAUCUUUUUCGACUUCAUCGGCUACACCCAACCGUUUAUCUGUGGCUUUGCUCUAUCGGAUCAAGGUCUUUUGCUCAAAUAAUCCGGCUGAUCUGUACUUUUCAAUUCGCGGUCACGGGCAUCUACAGUCAAGCUUUGGCGGUCAUAUCUCAACUGCUUUACAGCACCUCGAUGAGUACGCUGUUUGCCAGUCUGCUGCUUCUGAGUAGUGGAUACACAGUUGUACAUCACGUGUUCACCAGAGUCGUGGCCAUCGUGCUUCUCCUGCUUCUCAUCUGUUACACCCUGACCAACGCCUGUUGUCAGGUGGCCAUUGAGCUGGUUCAAGAUCGCGGGGACAUUUUGUCACGGUACCACUCGCCACCAGCCUACGUUUUUGUCGCCCUACAAAUCAUGGCCGCAAUCGGGUUCUGGCUAAGCACCAGUUACACCAUAGUCCACUGGACCGAAAAGCGUUUGUUCUUCAUUCGGCUUGGUGCGUUCUACUCUGCUUGGUUUCUGAACACCCCGUUUUGGACGUUUAUCACGGUAGAACUUUCUCACAAACCGUACACGGAAACAAUGAUACGUAUUUGGGAUGAGGCCGUGAGUAUUGGGGCCUACAUAAGCCUUUUGCCCUUUGCAUAUAACUAUACGCUGGGUCCACAACCACUUUCUUGGACUAGUGAAGAAAAAGAUCUUGGCGUGUGGGUCAGCAGCUGUUUAAAAAACUCCUUGCAAUGCACAGCCGUCUACAAGAGGACCUCACAAGUCCUGUCGCUCCUAAACCGGAUUUUUGGUCGUUUCACUCGACCGGCACUGCCCCGAGUAAGCAAGACCUACAUCCGACCAACCAUGGAGUACGCUAUACAAGCUUGGUCACCAUGGCUUCAAAAAGACAUAAUUCAUCUACAGCGAAUAUAUCAUCGAGCCACGAAGCUGGUAAUUGGAUUGCAUAAUAAACCAUACGAAGACAGGAUUGCCAGUCUCAACCUAUUUGACUUCUACUAUCGGCGCAUCAGGGGAGACCUAAUUCUAACAUAUAAUAUACUGAAGACACCUAAUCAUCCGCUGGAAAAUCUUUUUGUCCGACGUCGACCACGAACGGGCAGGAGGCAUGACUUUUCGCUCGCGGUACCUCACUCGAGGGUGAACUGUCGACGGAACUUUUUUGCGGUCCGUGUAUGUUUCAUUUGGAACUCCCUACCUCCCAAUGUUCUCCUUAUCCGACCAUCAAAUGCCAAUAUGGUAUUUCCGUUGAGCACCAGCGAACCCGCAGAAAGUGUUAGCCGUGAGACAGUUUUGGAACCAGUUCCAACUCCAAAACCUGUCAAGAAAACCACCGGCAAGUCAACCCAAACCAAACAACCUGAGCCGGCCGGCACCAGCCAGCCCCAGAAAACAACUGCGCGGGUGCAUACUGCCAAACCCAAAACACCGUUUACGUCCACCGAGAAACUGUUUUCUCUCACUGGGAAACCGGGAGAUCUGACCCCACCAAGUCAGUCACUUGCAAGAAAUCUACCAGGAAUCGGUAGCGAACAGCCAAAGCGUCCACAAACCACGCCUAGCGCAAUCCGAACAACCACCACGCCGAGGCCUUAA